AUGAUAUUCUCAGAUAUGAACACUGUUUCUGCCUCUCCUAAAGUGCAUCCUCCUAAUGGGACCCGGUUUUAUACUUUUCAGGAAUUUGCUGCACUGACAAAAGAAUUAAAUGCAUGUAGGGAACAGCUGCUUGAAAAGGAGGAGGAGAUUUCAGAACUGAAGGCCGAAAGAAACAACACGAGACUGUUACUGGAGCAUUUGGAGUGCCUUGUCUCAAGACACGAAAGAUCACUGAGGAUGACAGUGGUGAAACGACAAGCACAGUCUCCCUCAGGAGUUUCCAGUGAAGUUGAGGUCCUCAAAGCUCUGAAAUCUCUGUUUGAGCACCACAAGGCUCUGGAUGAAAAGGUAAGGGAGCGACUGAGGGUUUCUUUAGAAAGAGUCUCUGCACUGGAAGAAGAACUCGCUGCUGCUAACCAGGAGAUUGUAGCUUUGCGUGAACAAAAUGCACACAUUCAAAGGAAAAUUGCAGCUGGUGAAGGGCCUGCUGAAUCAGAGCAUAUUGAAGGAAUGGAGCCAGGGCAAAAGGUUCAUGAAAAGCAGCGCUUAUCGAAUGGCUCCAUAGACUCAAAUGAUGAAACCAGUCAAGUUAUAGAACUCCAGGAGCUACUCGAAAAACAGAACUAUGAAAUGGCACAAAUGAAGGAACGUUUGGCUGCACUGUCAUCCCGGGUGGGAGAGGUAGAGCAGGAAGCAGAAACUGCCAGAAAGGAGCUCAUUAAAACAGAAGAAAUGAACAGUAAAUAUCAGAGAGACAUUAGAGAGGCAAUGGCACAAAAGGAGGAUAUGGAAGAAAGGAUCACUACACUGGAGAAGCGCUACCUCAGUGCACAGAGAGAAUCCACCUCCAUACAUGACAUGAAUGACAAGCUGGAAAAUGAACUGGCAAACAAAGAAGCCAUCCUACGUCAGGUGCAGUAUCUGUAUUAGUCGGUUAUUUUAUUCAUACGUAAUAAAAAUUAACAUGAAAGGGGGGAGGUGUAUCUAAUGCAUGAGAUUUUUACUGGGUUAAUCUGCUCUUUUUUAAAUGAUGUUAAUGUAAAAAAAAUACGUUUUUUCCUUCUCUAAGCCUCAUGUUAGCUACUAUGACCAUGAAAACCAAGCCAAUGUGUGCAUUCAAUGUUGUGAAAUAACUGUGUUUUCUAAGUGUUUUGCAUAAGCGUACAAUGUCACAGUCCAUAAGUAAAGGAUCAUCUUUGUUUCUUAUGUAAUGAUUUUCUAAAUUUGGGGUUCGUUUGCAGUUUUUUUG